AUGGCGGGCAACAGAAAUCCAAGCGUCGAACCGCCGCGUUCCACCGCGUAUUACUACGCUGAUCUAGAGAAGAUCAAACGCCAGAAUAUCCAAGAGGACCACAAUGAUGAGAACAGGCGAGACCUAGAUCCCAACGAACUCAGUGAGUACGUGGAAUCAAAUGAGAUCUUCGACGUCGUGCCCAACAAAGACGUACCCCCAGACAGAGAUAGAUUCGAGAAAAUCGUCCAUAAAGUGGAAGAAACUUACUCUACGGCUGGCACGUUCCCGAUGCCCGAGCCCAAGGAGAAGGAACCGCUAUUAGCUGAACUGGAAGUGGUCGGUAGAGUACCACUAACCCAGCUCGAGUCGACUCCCGGUGUUAGACGAAGUAGGAGUUGGUACUUGUGCUGCCCGAAUAUGGGGGAUGAGGAGUUGUCGAGGGAGUCUUCCUGGAGGUAUUCGAGUCUGCGGCCGGUGACGGCGCCACCUAUACCUGGACAGAAUGGGAUUCAUGUGCUGGCAACACACAGCAGUGGUCGUGUAGAAGAUGCAUCGAGCCUUCGGGCUGAACGCGACGCCUUAGCACGCGCGUUGGCCAGCGAGCGACAAAGGGCAGCAACGGCGGCCAGAGCUCACGACGCAAGGCUUGCUGAACUGCACGGAGUCAUUGCUGAGUUGGUGAGACGACGCGCUGCUGAUAAACGGGCGAAGGCGAUACCGGAGGAGGAGGUUUCUGAUGAAUGUGAAUCCACAACUCAGCCUGCCGGAGAACUGGAUAACGACGCAGAUUUUUCCAGGACUGAACAGAACGAGAACUCUUCAAUCAUCAGCCCAGCUGAGCUACCGACGCCCCAAGAGCCAAAAGACCUUCCGGAAGACAGCACCGACACGAGCACCAAUGACAACAGAAUGCAUCCAACGCUGGAGGUAUCACCACCUCAAGAUUCCGAGAACUGUUCGAGUUUACGCCUCUCCGAACGGGACUCAGAAAUUUGCGUUAGCACGGCAAGGUGUUGCCAGUACACGCGAGCAGCGCACGGCUCGAAUAACAGUUGUCAACGUGAAAGGGGAUCCCCCGCAUUGUUACCCCCUUCGCCAGGUCGCUGCGAAUCGCGUCAGGCGAAGAUCGCGUCGCGCGUUCGCCUAAAAAAGACCUCCGAAAACGAGACCCAUAAUCCAAUUUCUAACGAAGAGUGGUGCGUGGAAGCGGCGGAACGACUAGCGUUAGAUGUAUGCGCACAAGCUGAUUUGAGAGAAGCGUUGGUUGCGGCGAAUCACGAAGAAGAAUCAAUAACAACGGAGCUAUGGCGGGCUAGGUGCAUCCGUUUAGCGGCUGAAUGUAGAGUUUUAGAUGCGGCUCUGCACAGAGCGGUCGACACUCAACACAGGUUAUCCUGCGCGUGCGCAAUGCAUGAGUCGUCUUCUGUGGUGCUUUGUUCGGCCUUAAAGGCUGCAGAUAGAGCGUUGGAGACCUACGAUGUGUUGUUGGCAUUAGCCGAGACUCAGCAAGACACGGACAGUCCAGAGCGCGAAGCGGCGCAAGCGGUGGCGAGGCGGUUACUGCGUCGUCUCGAAUGCGGCCCACUUUGGGGCCAAGCUCUUCUCUCUCCAGGGCCAUGGCAUGACCAUCAUCAGAACAACACCGGCACCGCUGAAGACCUCGAGCCGUGGACCUCUGAAUGCGAGGUGCGCCUGCGCAAGCACGCGGCGCGACUGAAACGCGAGACGGUUGCACUGCGAGCGCUUCGCCCCCCGCCGCAUAUGUACUCACCUCACGAUGUCGAAGAAGAUGAAGCCAAGGACGCAGAGGGUCUCAGCGAGAUGGAGACAGCUGUAAUGAUGCAGGAGGUCCUGUUGGCUCGUGAGAACCGCAUUGUGGAGCGUGCAGCCACUAUACUUCACAAACAGAAUUCACAACACAAGAGUGAUUCAACGCGCGGCCGACGUGGCGAGCGCGAAAGACAUUGGCUAGACACUCAAGCUUCUGAAACUGACUUAUAG